GGUUGUCAAGCGCACUCUGAAAGCGCACAUUAAGUCACCAGAGAAAACAUCCAUUGAUUCUUGCUCGUAAAAAAAAACGUCAGGCAUGCAAGCAGAAGGGGUUCCCUUCUUAAAUCAUCGUCGUGGUGAUUAAAGCAAUACCAGAAAUUUAUCAAGAAUGCUCUGAACGGAAGAUUUAUUACGCCAAAACGCUUAAUUUGACGUUAUGGAUUUAACCAGAUGCGUCAAAUGCAAUAUGAAAUUCUCCUCUUUGCCUUUACUGGAAAAACACAUCGAGAAGUUCUGCAUUGGAGAAAGCACCAGGAAAGUCGAUCAGACCGAAAACUCUGCAGGCAUGGUGCAGAGACUGAGGGACUACAGGAGGAGGCACCAGGAGAGGAAGGAGAAGCUAUUCGACCUUGGAGAACCUCAUGUAAAGGCCAAGGCCACGGACCUAACUGAUACCAUGAAACCCAGCAGUGAACCCACAGACACAGGCAUGCUGAUGGACUCCAGAUCCAAAGCUCUGCAGACACAGGAGAGGGAAGCACGAGCGAGGGAACUUGCUGAGCUUCACGGGAAACGAGCAGUGGACUUGGAAAAUGAGAACAGGCAGCUGGAAGCACGGAGGAGAGACAUUGACCUGAGGAUGCAGGAGCUGGCAGCCCAGACGAGGAGCACAUCUCAUGUGGAGAAGAUGCUGUCCAAACUGCAGGUACAGGAGCAGAGAAACACAAUCCUUCUAGAGGCACUCAUGGAGCAGCUGCAGCAGGUCCAGAUGGAAUCAGUGAGAGUCAAACCAAACAGCAGACAGAGCGAGUCUCUCCUCUUUUCCGCCAAGACAAAAGAGAAAGACUCAGUCCGCUUUCACAGCUACAAGGUUGCUCAGGGUGAUGGAACGCUGUCUUCAGAAAUCAGUGCCCUGCAGCUGUCAUACUUGCAGAGUGGGGGAAGUGACCAUCUCAUCUUAGUCCAGCUACAGGAUUUGCUAAAGGAGGCCCUGGAAGUGGAAUUGCAUCAGGAGAUGCAGACUCACGCUCGCCCCUAUUACAUGGAGAGAAGUAAACGGGCGCGGCACACAGACAAGCUUCAACUGAACAGAGACCUCAUCGCCACGGAGCUACAGAACCGGCGCCUGGAGGAGGAGAUCAUGAGAUCUCAGCGGAAGAGGUGGAGGGAUUCCAGGCUCCUCAGUCACCCCACCGAGCAGAAGAUGAAGGCGAUGCAGACUGACAUGGACUUGCUGAAGCAGGAGAUUGAGAUCAACCAUAUGAGGAGGAGAGUGAGAGCAUAUGCAAGACCUCUGCACCAUUCACCACUCCCACCGCUGGAUGAUGUCCGAUCAGGUUCUCCAGCCCUUGGGAGGAACUUUAUGGACUUCUCCGACGGCUUGGAGUCUGUCCCAUAUGAUCCAAUAGCAGGCUUCGUGGUGUUCUACGACUUUCUGCUGGGACUCUGCCCCUCGUACCGAGUGUGCCGCUUACUGGUAAAGCUGAACGACAGAGAUCAAGAGAUUGGCGCCUCUUCACCACUGCCCGUUGUCUACUGCGAGCCGGCCAGCCUAUCUCCUCAUGCCCCCCAACACAGCAGAGGAAGCCUGGCCACCAUUGCUGCCAAGCAGGCCGUACCCAGAGUCUUUCCAUCCAUGGGGGUCUCUCUGGUACUCGAGCUACAGGCCUCCGAAGGAUGUGACCCGUAUGGACAGCAGGUCACGGGGCUGCUUUCCAGGGGUUGGGUCAAGGUUGAUGUGUUUGACGCUCAAAACCAUUUGAUUAGCGGAAAGUGGAAGGUGCCAGUCCGCGUCCUCCCAGUCAGGCCGUCUGUGACCACGGUGGACUUGAAUGCUGUUCCACAGCUGGACAAUACUGAGCUCUACUUGAGGAUAGUAAAUAGCCGGGAUACAGAGGUACAGAAUUCUGCCCCCAUCAGCCACAGCAAUUGGAGGCUAUAUAAAUAUCCUUUGCCGGUGACUGGAGGAACCUGGCGUGCUGCUCGGGAUUCGCUCCGCUCUUCCCAGUUCUCAUGUGGCCAGCCCAGGUUCCCAGCAUGCACCCAGACGCUAAACCCCUUUACGCCACCUGGGCCGACGGAGGAGCUGGAGUGACCAGUGCUGGGCCGACAGAAAAAAACCUGCAGAGAAUAUAUGAGGUUUCCUGCUAAAGCAGCCUCUGAUCUUCUCAGUGAAAUCCAGUAUGCAAGUAACAAGCAUGAAGGAGUUGCUGUUAUUAUGAUCCACUUACAGUGUCGACGAGCACAAGAACUGUACAUUUUCAUAUAUACUCACUUUUUAAUUAAGUGCUGGAAUUGUAUUAACUAAAGUGCAAAAUAGUUACAUGAUUAAACUCUAAAUGCUUUCAGUUAAAA